AUGCACUCUUUAAAACGAAAACGAGCCCGCAAGGCCUGCAACCCAUGUCGAGAUCGCAAACGCAAAUGCGACGGGGGUGAGCCGUGCGCCACUUGCUUAGAAUGGGGCUACGAGUGCUACUAUGAAGUGCAGCGAACCAAAUCUCGCAUCCCGAGACAUGAUGAUCCCACACCAAGGCCGGAGAUAGAAACAGCACAAAAAAGUCCAGAAGUUACAGCACCAGAUACCCAUGGGCUGGUCCGCCGCCUUGAAGCUAAUUCGGGAGCUGCCUUUGUGAGAAGGAUGGGCCUCAAGAUUGACCCAGCCAAAGCGCCGAAACUGAGCCUGUUUGGGUGGAAUAUCGGCGCAAGACAACUUUCCUCAGGGCUUGGGAUUAAUUCUGCCUUUCCAGUUGUUGAGAUUACAUCGCUGGACCAUAUCAAGGCUCUCGCGCAGGUGUAUUUUGACAAGAUCGAUCCGUGCUAUGGGUUCAUUGAUCGUCGCUUGUUUUUUGAACGGCUGACUACUCGCUGGCAGAUCUCUUUGGCCCCUGACCUGUAUGAUAGUGUUCUGGGAGGAGUUGCUGCUCUGGGCUGUUUGUUUUCGCAACGCAAUCUCACGGCGACAGAAGUGCAUCUAGUGGGAUUGGCUCGUUCCGGCUUGGAGAUGCAUGUUUUGUCGGGCGCUCCAUCGGUGGAUCUUCUCACUGGAUGGACGCUCAGAGUCAUCUACUUGCGAAUGACGGAUUCGCCACACUCGACGUGGAUCGCCAGCUCGACUUUGAUGCACCUUGUCGAGGCCUCGGGGUUUCAUCUCGAGUCAUCCUCCGACACAGUUCUCCCGCGAAGCUCAUAUUGCGAUCCCGAUAUUCGAAGACGGCUCGUCGGGGUAGCACAGCACCUGAAUAUGUGGACGUCCUUUGAUCUUGGUCUUUCAAGGGUGUCCUUUCAGAAAAAUGACUUGCCGUUGCUUCCCUCCAGCCGAGCGGGCGAUUAUACAACCGAAUUGUUGGGUCUGUUGCCCAUAUCCGUCAGCUUGGAUCCAGGAAAGGCAAACGAUGAGGCAAAUCUUCAGUCAACCCUUUUGGAGAUCAUAAACAGAACGCACACUGAGCCGCCAUCAAUACUGGCACAGUGCAAUUUGGUGCUCUGUGUCCUUCGUCGCAUCCACACCCAGAAUCUCGAUAUAUCGCCAUCACUCGCAGGGAGAGUCCUGGAGAUGUUAAACAAGGGUCUUCUAUGUGCGCGGGCUAUGAUCACAAACUGCUGUCCAUGGCACCAAGUGGCGAAUGUGCCGUUCCAAAUCACCUGCGUUCUUCUUGUGAUGGAUACGCGGUCCUCAUUAGCAAUGCUACCGGAGGCCAUGCAAACCCUGAAGCUUGUUGCCUCAACAUAUGAUACGGGAACCAUGAGAGAAGCAUAUAGUGCUGCGUGUUUGCUGGUGAUGCUUCAUCAGCAACGCCGGAAAGACGAUAUUGCUGUGUUCCAUGAGGCUCUCAACAUGAAUCAACAAGAAAUUCAAAUUGAGUCGCCCUCGCAGCCAAGUCCAAGUGCCGAAGAAUAUUCCUGGCUAGGGGCAUUGGUUGCGGAUUUGCCUGGGUUGCAAAGAGUCGAUCUCGAUCAGUUCUUGAAUGCAGAUAUGAUGGACCAACCGAGCGUUCUCGGUGAGACUGGAUGA